CUUUUAGGGAAAAUGGAUGUAGAAUAUGUUGGAGAAAAGCAGGAAUUCCUAGAAGAUAGUAUCAUAAACUCAAUUGCCAGGGUUUUAGAUGAAAUAGUUAGAGAGACUGACAUAAUUGAGAGUCCUUAAGAAACAGUAUUUCAUACAAAUAAAAAACCUUCAAUAAGUCUUGCAAAAUAUUUAGAGCGCAUUCAAAUGUACUCAUAUUGCAGUAAUGAAUGUUUCGUCUUGGCAUUAAUUUACAUAGACAGGAUCUAGAAAAAGAACCAAGAUGUAAUUAUCAAUAGUUUUUGCGUUCAUAGGUUUAAAUUUUUCUAACUUAGAUUUCUAUUGGCAUGCAUCAUUCUCAGUAUUAAAUAUAAUGAUGAUGAUUACUAUAAGAAUGACUACUAUGCCAAAGUGGGAGGAAUCACAAUCAGUGAGUUAAACAAAUUAGAAUAAGAACUGUUAACUUUGCUCGAUUAUGAGCUUUAUGUUAGUUAAAAAGAAUACUACUAUUACAAGGAUAAAUUGAUGAAAUAUUCAAAACUAUGAUUAUAUAAAUAAUAUAAUGGAAAUGACAAAGAAAUAGGAACAUAAAAUCAAUUAUGCAUUUGAACAAUUUUAUUUCCUUGUGUUUUCACAAUGCCAGAUUCAUGCUGUAAUCAUGAACUUCUAGUGCAAAAACUCACAAAAAGUGGGUUACUUUCUUAUUUUCUAAAUCAACUUGAUUAAUCAUUAAGAAAAAUUUAUGAAAUAGAUAUAUCUAUG